AUGGACUACGACCUCCCCCCUCCGCCGUAUUCGCUCCGGGUAUCAAAGGCAGUUGUUCUUGAUCAAGAUGACUCUCUCAUAAAAGGAAUCGAGGAGAUGGCAUCAAGUAUGAGAGAAAUUACCACCAAAUUCGAUGGCAUCAUGGUCGAAAUGGCACGUGACCAGGCUUUGACGGGCCAUUUGGGGGCAUUGAAAGAGUGUAAACAG